AUGGCAAUUUCGGAAUGGAUUCAGGCCUUACAAGGUGACCGAGGGGGAUCCUUCCGCCGAAUUACCGAACCAUUUCAGAUGUUGCCUGGCCCGGAUUCCUUCAGCCGCACGUCGAAGUUCUUCUGCUCUGGAUCACGUGGGCGGUCGAUUACAUCGAUUUGGACUAUCUUGAGGUAGGUAAGCCUUAUCUUAUCAUUAGAUUCGUUCGCGUCCACUCCCACGUUGCUUCCCGAAUACAUAACAGUCUCUUGUUGGCUUCAUCAGCUGCGAGUCUCCCUUUCCGUCUGCGCUUCCCUCUUUUACACGCUCUCGUCUCUUCCCACUCUUUCUCUCUGAUUCGACCCGAAAUGGCUCCAUUUCCCAUUUCCAAUGCUCUGCUUACACUAACAUCGAAAACAGUGUCGCUCCGAUGUUUCAAUGGAUUCACGGUAUUAUUCUGAAUGGAGCUAACGCUAUUUACGAGUUCGUGCCAGAGGUGUCACUUUCAGUUGAAGUCAUAGUUAUCGAUAACAUCCGUUUGUUUUCAGUACCUUCUAUGGCUGCUCCUGCCGUUCAUAAUCCUCUUCAUAUUCCCCAUUUUCCUCGUUCUCUUCAUCUACGGAUGUGUCAUUUUUGUUCACAUUUACGGACAACGUCAUCAGAUUCGUGAAGCAUAUCACACAAGGUGACAAAUCGAAUUCAACAAUUACUCAUGUUCUAUUUUCAGUUACUGGGAGGGUGCACGAGUGUCAAUUGCUUCAUUCUGGGACGGAGUCGGAAGUGUGUGGCACGGAUAUGAACUGCGCGGAAUCGAGAAUGUUCCGGAGGAAGGACCCGCCCUCUUCAUCUACUACCACGGAUGUCUCCCUCUCGACGUCUACUACCUCAUUUCCAAACUCGUGAUCCACAAGAAGCGUUCCCUUCAUUGCGUUGGAGACAAGUUCAUCUUCAAGAUUCCCGGCUGGCGGCCCCUUUGCAAACUGUUCUCGAUCACUGCCGGAACUGUGGAGGAGUGCACCGAAGAGCUCAAAGAGGGAAAUCUUUUGUGCAUUGCGCCAGGAGGAGUCCGCGAAGCUCUUUUCUCCGAUCCGAACGUAUACGAUAUCCUGUGGGGAAAGCGGCUCGGAUUCGCGAAAGUGAUCAUCGGGAGCAAGACGCCGGUGAUCCCGAUGUUUACCGAAAACUGCCGCGAAUCCUUCCGCACUCCAGAAUGGGGAAGAAGCUUUUUCCGGUGGAUUUAUGAGAAGACCAAGAUUCCGAUAUGCCCGAUUUACGGAGGAUUCCCUGUAAAAAUGAUCACUCAUCUGGGAAAACCGAUUUAUUUCGAUUUCGACACUGUCACUCCUGAAGAGGUGGGAAUAGAGAGGACACGGAAAACUGAAAAAAGUGAAUUGCAGGUCCGUAAAACGGUAAAACGUGAGAUUCGUUCGAUGAUUAAAGAGCAUCAGAGACUGCCGGGAAGUGUGUGGCAGGGGAUCGCGCAGAGAUGGUCUAAGAAGAAGAGUGACGAGCCGGAGCAGGCAGUGAGUAUUGUCAGUUCGGAACGGUGCUCCGCUUCUACCGUAACCGCUCCUAACUGCUUUUGUCCGCCAGUGUCAGUUGAAAAACUUUUUUUCUUCAGGAGCUUUUGCAAAGAAACGGAGCAGGAACGACGAGCCCGAUGUCGGAUUCCGAAGACAUCGUCGUUCUGCACAGAGAUCGGUCAGGCACCGACGACACCGAAGAGACGGAGGAACUCGGCGGCAUCUGA